AUGACCCAGCAAAAGGAUUCUACUUCAGGCCGCAUCAAAGCUGGCAUGACCUGGGUUCCAGCUGGUCCUGGAGACAUUUGUUUGCAGAAUUACCCUCUCACAAUGGCAGAGAAAUCCCAAGGAUCUGACAAGCCUCAAGAAGGCCAGGAAAAGAGCAAGCGAGAGAUUUUGAGGUACACCAAGACAGCCUGGAUGCCUUUGGAUGGGCAACUGUUUUCUGCUUCUGAGGAAGAAAACCAGACUUUCACCAUCCCCAUCCUGGAACAUUCCAAACAGGAAAGCAUCCAGCAGUGGCUGGACUCUGGAUUCUUUGUCUCUGUAAAUGAAAACUUUCAGCAAGUCAUCGAUUCCACUGGUUCUUUGCAUGAACAAGGAAUGGUUCAAAUGACUGUGAAAGACUACAUGAGAUCUCUGCAUCAGUUUUCAGAAACUCCUACCCUAUCCAGAGGAACCAGUUUCAAUUCUUGCCAUUCUACAACAAGUGUACCACAAAGCAUUCCUGAAUGGCUGGAAUUUUGGGAAAAAGAUCCAGUAGAGAUUCUCUUGGAUCUGGGGUUUGGCGCUGAUGAGCCAGACAUCUGCACACAAAUUCCAUCCAGGUUCCUUGGUUGUGGUUCAGCAGCCCGAGGUAUCAACAUCCAUGUUUUUCUUGAAGCUCAGAAGCAGCGAAUGGACAUUGAGAACCCUAACUUGUAUGGCCGAUUCCAACAGCUGGAGAUCCUGGACCAUAUAACAAACGCCUUCUCCUCUUUGCUGAAUGAUGGUAACACCCUACAGAGCAAAGUUGAAGAGAAAGCUGGAGGAGAGAGUGUACAAAAAGCUUUGGUGAAUGGGGCUAAUGAGCAUCGAAGAAGAAUGAGUAGACUUUUAAGGAGAGCUUCAAAACAGGACAUCAGGAGGGACUGUAGCCCACAAGCAUCAGAAUCUUUCAAAAUGCAGAAUGGGUUUUCCAUCCAAUAUGCCAAUCCAAGGAAGACUGGAUCAGACUUACCUGUGGCCUCCAUCAGCCACUGCCAACAUCAUGGGUCUUCUUCUGCAGACCAUCAGUGUGUACAAGCCUGUGAUGACUUGGCACCUUGUCACCCUCCACGAGCACCUCUGGGCAAGCAAUGGUCUUGCUCAUCCAUGCUGGUCAAGAAGCCCCCUCCUUCCUGUGUGUCUGAGGGAUUGGUCAGGGACAGAACUCAGAGGGAGAACUGGAUUUACAGGAAUAAGCUCAAGAAUUUUUCUCAUCUUGCGGGUAAAGGACCAGAAUCCUUUGAAAUGGAGGAGGUCCAAAGCUUCGAAGAAGAGACUGGUAACCCCCUCGACAUGGCUUCAGGAACUGCAGGCACCAAGAUGAACAGAGCCAACAGCUGUCAAUCAGACAGCAGUGGGUUUCUGGAGGAGCCACAGGAGCCUCUACCCCUCCAGGUAGAAGGGGUUGGAACAGGGCCCCCAAGCUCUCCCCACAACCAGAGUCCUGCAGAGAAUGGAGGUAGAAAAUCAAGAGAUCAGAGCCAUAGCUCAGUAUCAUCCCAGGACUGUCAGCAAGAGUCAGAUGGCUCCGAUUCCAAAAGCAUGGUGAGCACAUCUCUUUCCAGCCAAGACUGGAGUGUCUUGGAAGAAAAGGUCUCAGCUUCGGUGGUAAAGGAAGAGCCUCAUCUUGGGAUCACAGAAGGAUCACCAAAGAUGUUGACCACAGAUAUGUCCUUUCCCAAGACCACCACUGGAUAUGAACACCUAGGAGAAGAUGCUCAAUAUGAGGGUGAUGGAACCAUGGUUGCUUCCACAUAUCAUGGCCCUAUGGGGCUCAUGGUAAUCAAUGUCACAGAAAAAAAGAACCUGAGGCCUGAGGGAGCUGGCAAGUUACUCAUGAAAAGGCAUUACAAUGAAUCUCGAAGGUUGCCUGGGAGGGAUCCCACUCAAGACAAGUUCUCUUCUGUGGAUUCUGAGGUCCCAGGAGCAGAGGAAAACAGCAGGCUCUGUCCUGACACCAAAGACACCUUCCUGAUACAAAAGAGGCCACCAGAGUAUAUUCCCAAGCACAGAGAAUUUAUGCCCUAUACAGUUGACCUUGUUCAAACAUCUGAUAAGUUCAUUCCCCACCUUGAUAAACUGCCUGGAGAUGCUCUGACUGACUCAAACACUGGCAGCUGCAGGUCGGUGACAACCCAGAUGUCCUCCAAUCUGGUGUCAGCUCCUCAGAGUUCUGUGAUCUUGGGGACUGACUGUAAAGGAGCAUCUUUGGAAUGCACUCUGUGUGACCCUAUUACUGUAACAGGACAGAGACUGGACACAGAAGCAAGACAGCUCAGUGAUGUUUCUGUUCAGACAUGUGAACCUAAGCCUCAGCAUUACUACUGUUCAUCCCCAUGUUACCAGGCCUCCACUCGUGGACCCCGGCCUCUCACCAAAUCAGUCUCUCUGGAUACAGGUUUCUCUUGUACUUACCCAACAUGCACCUGCCAUACCAUGCCUGCCCAUUCCUGCAGCUACUGUCAUGACCAUGCCCACUGCCAUGGGGAGGCACAAAGUCUGAGCCCUGCUUCUUCAGCCUUCAGGCAUUGCCUGUGGUCACAUGCAGAGCAUCUGGAAGCCCAGUUCAUGAAGACCUUGAAAGUCCUUCAAGACACCAUCAUGAGGGAGCUAUGUUCUUGCACACUGUAUGAGAUGGAAACAAUGAGGACGGUCUGCCAGAGUUUCCGGGAGCAUUUAGAGGAAAUUGGACAAUACCUUGGAGGACACCAGGCACUCUUUUCCAGGAACAUGUCAGAGGAGGAAAGGGAAGAGGCCAAACAGCUCCAAAUUUUACGUGAGGCCCUACGGCAGCAGGUGGCUGAGCUGGAGUUUCAGUUAGGAGACCGGGCUCGGCAAAUCAGACAAGGAAUCCUAUUGAAGCUAGAGCUUUUCACAGGAGAGCCAGAGGAACAUCGUAUUAAUCUGCAACACUGUGACUGGACAGAAGGAAAAAAUGGCCAAAAGUCACAUGCUCAAACCCACCCUGCCAUGGUCCCUGAGCCUGUCUUUCCUCCUGACAGUGACCAACAGGCUGUCUGCUCAGGAGAGACCCAGAUGGCUGUCUUUGUUCCACCUUCCCUCAUGACGGCAACCAGCACCAGGAUCUCUCCCCAGUCACCAGCUUGGGCAGAGUCAAGUCCAGACCUUUCUUCAAGUUGUUCUGCUGGAGAGAAGGAUGCAAAUGUCCUCUAG